UUUCUCAGGGACGCCGUCGCCCCUCGCGCCCCUGCGCCCCCCGACCCGCGUCCCCGGCGCCGCCGGCCCGGAGCUGCCCGGAAGCUCGCUCCUACCGCGGCGCUCGUCAGGGCAAGCCCGGGUCCGUCCGGGACCUCGGCCCCGUUCUCCCCCGGACCCGAGAGGCUGCUGCACCGGCUGCCGCUCCAGAUGCUGCUGCUGCCGCCGCGGCCACCCCACCCUCGGUCCUCCUCUCCGGAGGUCAUGGACCCACCGCCCCCCAAGACUCCCCCUUUUCCCAAGGCGGAAGGCCCCUCCUCCACUUCUUCCUCGGUGGCGGGGCCGCGGCCACCGCGGCUGGGCCGCCAUCUGCUCAUCGACGCCAACGGGGUCCCCUACACGUACACGGUGCAGCUGGAGGAGGAACCUCGGGGCCCGCCGCAGCGCGAGGCGACCCCGGGAGAGCCAGGUCCUCGCAAGGGCUAUAGCUGCCCAGAGUGCGCUCGUGUCUUUGCGAGCCCUCUGCGGCUGCAGAGCCACCGUGUGUCGCACUCGGACCUCAAGCCCUUUACUUGUGGUGCUUGUGGCAAAGCUUUCAAGCGAUCCAGCCACCUGUCGCGGCACCGCGCCACCCACCGUGCGCGCGCUGGUCCACCUCACACCUGCCCGCUCUGUCCACGUCGCUUCCAGGACGCCGCGGAGCUGGCGCAGCACGUGCGCCUGCACUGAGCUCGGCUCUGCCCUCUCCGGAUCACCACACAGCGUCAUUCCCACACAUACCCCAGUUCUCCUGAGGUUACUGCCUUACCCUAGGCCUCAGUUUCCCCACCCAUCCCCAAGGAGAAACAUCAUUUUAUCUUUUCUCCUGGCUAGCUGUGUGAUGUAGACCAAAGUUGUUGCCCCUCUGGGCUUGGGUGUCAGUUGGAACUGGGCUUCAGUCCGGCUGUGCUGUGUAAGCCUUUGCAAACGUUACGACCUCUCCUGAGUCUUGGUCUUCUACUCUUCCCAAGUAUAAGGUUUUCGUGGAAGACAAAAACACCGGCACGGUCUGGAUCGCCUCUGUACUUCUAAUGCCCACGAUCCCUCAUUCCUUGCCCAAUAAACAUUCCGCACUUCA